AUGGAUGGCUGUUCAAUUGGAAAUCCAUGGAAUUCGGGAGCAGGGGGUGUGAUUAAGAAUGAUAAGGCUGAGGUGAUCGCAAAUUUUAGAAGAUCCUUAGGUGUUCGUACAAACUUUGAGGCGGAAUUCAUGGCGCUUAUGAUUGGGAUUGAGACUAUAAUUCAGCUGAAUGUGCAGCGGAUCUGGAUAGAGUGUGACUCAGUUGCAGUUAUUUUCGACGAGCAAGAAUACGCUAUUGCUGUCCUUUCAAUUUUACUGAUUACGGCAAUCUCGACACCAAUUUUGAGAAUCCUUCAUGAUCCUACUAAAAGUUAUACGACCACAAUUAGAAGGACCAUACAAGACACCAAACGCAAUUCUGAGCUUCGGAUGCUAGUUUGCAUUCAAAGGCAGGAGAAUGUACCCACCAUGAUCAACCUUAUCGAAGUUUCACAUGCUAACAGAGAGAACCCUAUCUCUGUUAUAGUUCUCAAAUUAGUGGAGCUAGUGGGUCGUGCCUCUCCUAUACUCGUGGCCCACAAUAAUGACGAACUACCUUCAUCACAAAAUGGUGGCGGUAAUAGAGGCGGCAAUAAUUCCGGCAAAAUCUCCUCCUCCUCCUCCUGUAGAUACGAUCAAAUCUUCAAUGCUUUUCAGCAAUACAAGUUACUGAAUGAGGAUUGCAUCAGCAUUCAACAAUUCACUGCCAUAUCUCAUGUUGCUACCAUGCAUGAUGAUGUCUGCCAAGUGGCAUGUGAUAAGAGGGCAACUAUCAUCAUAGUCCCAUUUCAUAAAGAAUGGUCCAUAGAUGGUAGUAUCAGUUCUGUCAACUCUGGUCUGAGGAACAUGAACCUUAACAUUCUAAAGAAGGCACCUUGCUCCGUUGGGGUACUAGUCGACCGUGGAAUCAUGCAAGGAUCUUUGUCUGUGAUCACCAGUAGAUCAUCCUUCUAUCAUGUCGCUGUGCUCUUAAUGGGUGGAGCUGAUGAUGGUGAGGCUUUGGCCUAUGGUUCACGUAUAGCCCUUCAUCAACAUGUCAAAGUCACAAUCAUUUUCUUAAAUGAUAACAACAUCAAUAAUAAGAAAAUGGUCACGAAUCAGAUGGAACGAUAUAAGCUCACCAAUGAGGUGAAUGAUCGCAUUGAUUAUAGAGAGGAAGUGGUCACAGAUGGGGAGAGGCUUGGAGCUCUGAUUAGAGACAUUCUGGAGGAAGGGAAUGAUCUUACAAUCGUUGGGAAACGCCAGUGGAGGGAUUCACCGCUCUUCUCCGGGCUUACCGAGUGGAAUGAAUGCCCGGAGCUAGGAGUAAUCGGAGACAUGCUGGCCUCGCCAGAUUUUGGAACUACAUCUUCCAUUUUAGUGGUGCAACAACAACGGCAAGUAUGCCAAACCAAAUCUACAGGAGGAAGCAUCGAUAUCACAAAUCACGGUGCGAAAACAGACUUCUCAAUUCACGAUGUACCAAUGAAUGAGAAUGGUGAAACAUUGAGAGUGACAUUGGACAAAAUGUGUUAA